CCACCGUCCCACCCUAGUCGCACGCUCGGACUCCAACGGUCGCGCGCAGACUCUCUCACUCUCUUUGACUCAACAAUCGACACUCCUCAACCCUCAUUGUUAAUUUGACAGCCAUCGUAACCAGGUUUGGAUUCUGUUACUCUAUGGUGAUGAUUUCUGAGGCUUUAUAUUUUGUUCGAUUCCUCCAAUGAAGUAUGAACAAACGAGUGCCAUUUUUAUAUGAAAGCUAAAUCAAUGCCCGAGUUACAAGUUUAUAUAUAAUACAUAAUAUUACGUACAUGAGACAAUUAUUGAUAUACCAUUAUUUUCUGGGUGUGAAGUUGUAUGUCAUAUAAUGAUGUGUUUCUGCAGAAUUUGGGGUAUCUAACUUAAACCCAUCUCCACAUAAAGUGAUGAGUCAACAAUCUUCGGAGCAAGUCUUGCAGGAUCGUUUGGAAAUUUUGUCCACUGUAGAACAUGUUAAAUGGGUUACAGAAAAGGGUUAUAGAUUUACGCUUGAUUUCUUUCAAGGGAUGGAGUUUUUUUUAACGUGGAAUGGCGAACUUCCUAAAUUGGCAGAUGUUCCUGGAAAUUCCAAGUAUUCGUCACUGAAAGUUCAAAAGGAGAUCUUGAAUAUUCUCGGUGACAAGGUGAGGAAUAAGAUUCGUGAAGAAGUUGGAGAUUCCAAAUUCUGCAUUAUCCUUGGUAAAGCUUGUGAUCAAUCUAAGAGGCAACUAUUGGUUGUUAUUCUGAGAUUUGUGGACUGUCGAGGUUGUGUUCAAGAACGAAUGUUUGAAGUUGUAGAUGUUGAUGAUGACUUUACUGCCCCAGCUCUUGAAAAAGAGAUAUUCAAUUUACUUGCUCGGAAUAAUCUCUGUGUUGGAAAUAUGCGAGGGCAAGGGUACAAUGGUGCAAGCAGUAUGCGUGACGCAUGGAAUACAGUACAAGCAUCGUUUCUCAGAGAUUCCCCAUGUGCGUAUUAUGUACAUUGCUUUGCUCAUGAUCUGCAUGUAGCAUUGUUCACUGCAACUUACGAAAUAUUUGCUAUGUACAUAUUUUUUAAAGCGCUGCGCUCCAUUGUCAGUUUUCUUAGUGUUUACUCCAAUUGUCAUUCUGAUCUAAAACCAGCUGGAGAUGUUGAAAUUGCAGAUUUGGUUGCUUUUGUAGAGCUUGAGUCACAGAGUUUCCAACGAGACCCAACUGUGAGUUGGAGCUUCCAUUAUGGUUUGAUUACUAGAUUGAUUGAUAUGUUUGAUGCUACUUGCACAUUUCUUGAAAACAUUGAAACAAGUAGACUGAAUGCGGAUAUUCGUGGGGAAGCUUGGGGUAUUUAUAACGUGGUAGCAUCCUUCGAAUUUGUAUUUAGCUUGCUGUUGUUUAAAGAAAUUAUGGAAAUCACUGGUGAAGUUUGUCAAGCGGUGCAACGGAAAUUUCAGCCCAUCUUGAAUGCUUUUGACUUGGUCUCAAGUACAAAAACUAUCCUUCAGAAGUUUCAACAAGAUGGUUGGGAUAAUUUCAUUGGAAGUGUGGUAUCAUUUUCUGAAAGAAAUUCCAUAAAUAUUCCUGAUAUGGGUGCUCGUCAUAGGGUGCACAAAUGUCGUUCUUCUCAGCAAGAAUUUAUUACAGUUGAGCAUUAUUACCACAUUGAUAUAUUCAAUGCGGUAAUAGAUUUACAGUUGAAGGAGUUAAACAGUAGGUUUCCACAGCAAACAAUGGAACUUUUUAUUCUUAGCUCAGCUUUAGAUCCUACUGAUGCAUUUAAAUCAUUUAAAAUUGAUGAUAUUUGCAAUCUUGCUGGGAAGUUCUAUCCUCAAGAUUUCACUCAAGAUGAGAUGCAUGCUUUGAGACUACAAUUGAAAAACUAUGAGCUUGAAGUUCUUUGUGAUCCACAGUUUCGGAAUAUGUCUUCUCUAUCUGAACUUUGUCAAGGAUUAAUUGAAACAGGAAAGUCAGCCUUGUAUUUCUUAAUCGACAGAUUGAUUCGUCUAGUGUUGACUCUUCCAGUUCAUACGGCAAUGACUGAACGAGCAUUUUCAGCAAUGGGACCUAUCAAUGAACUCUGCAACAAGAUAGAAGACGAGUUUCUCCCAAAUUAUUUGGUUGUCCACAUUGAGAGAGAUCACGCUGAAAGUAUUGAUUCAGAUUCAGUAAUAGAUGAUCUUUAUUCUGUGAAUCAUGCGAGGGCACUACUUCAAUAGUGUUUUACUGAUCCUUUUGCUUCUUGAUUUAUUGUUUUUCUUUUAGAACAUGCAAUCUCUGAAGGGUAGUUCUGUUUCCUUCCUAACUAGGUGAUCUCCCCUUUUUCGUUGAUGUAAUUUCCUAUGUCCAAAUUUUAUCAACUCAUUCUGUAGUUUGACCAUAGUGAUGGAUGUCUGAGCCCCAAUUUCGUUCG